CAACUGUCGGGUGUUGUACGUGCCUGUCUGUGUAAGCCCCAUGUUGGCAAUUCGCAACGGUCAGAUGUACCAAUAUAGCUGACACGGCGAGGUGCUGGUUUUGUAGUACUGUCACACAGCAUAAUCAGCCCGGACAUCACCGGGCCUGGCCAUGAGACCGUCGCACUAACGGGGAGCCGCUGGCUGCACGAGGGCGGAUCACCCAGGUAGCCCUGCAGCCGGGCAGUCGGAGGAUUUAGCAUGUCCCACUCUAAUAUGAAUCCCUCUCCUGGUCUGCUACAUUUAGUAAGCUCAAUACCCCUGGCCAACACCCUGGUCGGAGUUUUGCUUUUUGCUUCCUGACACGGUCGGUAUCUACGCUGAAAGGAACUUACCCGGCCGGCCUUAAGAUUUCGACAUGGCAAACUCUCUAGCAACGCGGUCAACUGUCGAUGAGGCCAAGGGCCAUCUCGCAGUCAAAUCAGUUGGUAUCCAGAGAGAUGGACAGCAAACACGCGACGGUAUCGUCCUGAUCCCUCAACCAUCUCAGGAUCCUGACGACCCACUUGUAAGUUGGGAUCCCUGCAUUCUAAAUUGCUUCCACUGAGGGCAGCAGAAUUGGGCAGAAGGACGAAAGCGAAGGAAUCUGGCCAUCCUCUGCCUGGCCGGAUUUGCAG